AGUCACAACCUAUCCCUCACAGCACUGUUUCACUCCAGACUGGAAUUUCAGACAGGACGAAUAGCAAGAGAAUUAUGGCACAAAGAAUAUAGUUCAUUGCAAUUGGGGAAUCUAUUUUUUUCACAGGAGCCACAACUUUUGAAAUCACAUUUUGGAUAUAUAACACGUCUCGUAAACCUGUUCCUGGCCAAGCACCUUGACCCUGAGUGGACUAGUAGAAACAAUAACAGUCAUCCCUGUGAGAACCAAGCUCUUGCAGGUUACAGACAUGCAGCUUUUCAACUUGAUUGGUACACUAAUUCUUUUGCUAUAUAUCUACACAGACUGCGCAAAUGCCAGUAGGCAAGUCCUCACUGGCAGCCAACCAGGUGUGUGUCGCUAUGGCAGGAGACUGGAGUGUUGUUAUGGCUGGAAGAAAAACAGUAAAGGACAUUGUGAAGCUCAGUGUGAGCAUGGAUGCAAGCAUGGAGAGUGUGUGGGUCCAAACAAAUGCAAGUGUUUCCCUGGAUACACUGGGAAGACAUGCAAUCAAGAUUUAAAUGAGUGUGGGUUGAAACCACGUCCAUGUGAGCAUCGGUGCAUGAACACUCAUGGGAGUUACAAGUGCUACUGUCUGAAUGGGUACACUUUGAUGCCUGAUGGCUCUUGUGCAAAUUCCAGGACGUGCUCUCUGGCUUACUGUCAGUAUGGCUGUGAGGAGGUUCAUGGGGAGAUCCGCUGUCUCUGCCCCUCCACUGGCCUGCAACUGGGACAAGACGAGAGAACAUGCGUAGACGUGGAUGAAUGUGUUACUGGCAAGAACCUAUGUCCCUAUAAUAGACAGUGUGUAAACACAUUUGGUAGCUACUUUUGCAAGUGCCAAGAAGGCUACGAUCUCAAAUACACUGAUGGCAAAUAUGAAUGUGUAGAUCUGGAUGAGUGUCUAAGUGGCGUACAUAAAUGCAGUCACCAUGCAGCCUGCCUGAAUACUCAAGGAUCCUAUAAAUGCAGAUGCAAGUCUGGAUUCAGAGGCAAUGGCUUUGAAUGCUCAGUCAAACCAUUUUAUCUACGACCUGGAGGAAACCCAGAUGAUUUUCUCAAUGUCAUCUCUGAAUCCCCAGUGAAGCCUGGCAAACAUCUGAACGAGGACAUCAAAAACAUUAUCCCAGAGCCAGCUGUCACAGAGCCACCAAAGGUCAGGCAGCAGCCUUUUGACUAUGAUGGAGAGGUUUACAUCGGGAGUCCUGAUGAGGAAAGACCAAAAGAGAUCACAGAAGAAGAGGAGGAAGAGAACAACCAGCUCAACCCCAGAGGAGAUGUGUUCAUUUCAGAGGAAUUUGAGUCAGUGUUUGGCCCCACCACAGAAGUUAAAGAAAUUGAGAUCGCUCCAGUUCAGGAAGAGUUUAUCAUGGAUUGUAACUUUGAUCAGGGAGGAUGUGAGUGGGUCCAGGACAAGAGUGAUGACAUGGACUGGAGCGUAGCAUAUCAUGAUAAUGGGGCUGAGUACUACAUGGCCAUGAGUGGAUUUCUGGGAGAGCAAGAGGAUAUAGCUAAGCUCAAGUUGCUCUUGAGCGACCGGGCUCAGCAGGGCAGCUUCUGUCUCACGUUUGACUUCCGAGUCGUGGGCAACAAUGUUGGCACCCUCAGAGUCCUCCUGGAUAACAAUGUUUAUCCAAUAUGGGAGCAGAGCCAAAGCCAAAACCAGGCCUGGCAGACAGAGUUUCUCACUGUAGCCUGGAGAGAGAAGGCACCAGAAACGAUCAUCUUUGAAGCUCAACAAGGAGGUGGUGUUGGUGGAGAAAUUGGACUGGAUAACGUUGUGCUGACUUCAGGCCCGUGUCAAGAUGAUACCAGCCCAGACUUUUAGGAACCUGUUCUUGUUAAUUAUAAAAUGUGAUGUAAUUAUUUUAUUUCAUUUUUUCUUCGGAACAAUGGCCUAUCCCCUGAUGUGGUCAAGUCCAAACACUAUUUAGGUACACUAAAAUCUCAUAUUUAGGUCUACUCUGUCAAAGCUCAGUUCAGUUUUGGUAUGGAGCUUCUUACAGAGCUCAGGGACAGUGAUGGAUAAAGUUACAGUAUUCAGUUUUCAGUAGGCCUGUGUAGCUAUUAACUGAAGUUGUCUAAAAAGUUAUGAUUUUGAAGUAGGCCUAAUGUAAAUUCUCUUAAAGCAUGUAAGUGUAAUUUCCUGAAGGCUGCUUAGUAUAUUAGUCUUUAAGUAAUGGUGCAUAACAGCUGUAAAUGUUGCUUAUUAUGUACAAAAAUACAAUAAAUAUGUUUUUCUAC